AUGUCCGGCUACAGAAACCCCGUCAUCAUCCACCAGACCGCCCCCUCGAUCAGCAGCGGCUACACGGCCUCCUCCUCCUCCGGCUCCUACGCCUCCUACGACUCCUCCACCCCGCGCUCCAUGUCCCCGUCCGACGAGGUGUCCCUCCGCGUCUACGGCGCCGACAAGCACACGAGCUCCAUGCGGAACGGCAGGAACGUCACCGUCGUCAACCGCAACCAGCCCGGCUACGAGUACGGCGCGCCGUCCCCGAGCUACGGCAGCAGCUUUGCCCGUCGGACGCAAUAG